GAGACAUAUAUUGACACACGUUUCUGACUUGGAGCAGAGCUUUGUUAACAAGCCGCAUUUUUAAGGGUGGACACGCCGCCUUUUAUUGUUGUUUUUCUGGAAGUUUUCCUGCCUCCAAUCUCAGCUCAGGAUUGUCGCUUAUCCCUCUGACAGAUUCUGGCUGCUUCACUGCUCCCCGCCACCAAGUGUUGUGCUGCCCCAGGCAUCUGAACAGAGUUCCAGUCAAGUAAAAGACAACAGUUGUGGCUCCCUCAGCAAGAUGUUAACGAGGCCAAGUGUACUUCUGUUUCUGACUAUCUUCACCCAAGUGUUAAGAACCCAUUGCAAGCCUGCUAACACAGAAGAAGCAAUGGCCCCACAAUGGACUCAUCCAGAGGAAAUGGAGAAAAAGCUUCAAACUGUCCGAGUCAGCAGGACCGUGAAGUUUCGAUGCCAGGCCAGCGGCAACCCAACUCCCAGUCUGAAAUGGUACAAGAACGGGAAGGAGUUCAAAAGAGACCAUCGUGCUAGAGGCUUCAAGCUCCGGCACCAUGUGUGGACUAUCAUAAUGGAGUCUGUAGUACCCUCUGAUAGCGGAAACUACACCUGCUUGGUGGAAAACCAGUAUGGCAGCAUCAAUCAUACCUAUCAGCUGGAUGUACUCGAACGCUCUCCCCACAGGCCCAUCCUGCAGGCUGGCUUGCCAGCCAAUCGUACUGCAGUGGUUGGCAGCGAUGUGGAGUUUGAGUGCAAAGUGUUCAGCGACCCUCAGCCUCACAUUCAGUGGUUGAAACAUAUUGAGCUCAAUGGAAGGCGCAUUAGUCCUGAUGGUGUGCCCUAUGUCCGUGUCCUGAAGACUGCUGGCCUUAACACCGCGGACAAGGAAAUGGAAGUCCUUCAACUGAGAAAUGUCUCUUUUGAUGACGCUGGGGAGUAUACAUGCUUGGCGGGCAAUUCUAUCGGGUUCUCUCAUAACUCUGCAUGGUUGACAGUCUUGGAAGCUAGAAGUGGUUCUGUCUCUCUCUACAACUUUUCAGCGACAUGUCUGAUUAAUUUACUUGCUGUGUGCAUGGUACAUCUCUGAGGUUAAUUGUUCCAGUUCCUCUUGAAUGUUUCUAGAACUAAAUAUAAACACUGGGGUGACUGGGCCUUCAGAAAUGUGUUACCCAGCUUCUGGAAGCAGAUGCUUCUGAGUCUCUGUUCAGGCACUGACCUGGACCUUUUUAAAUUCAAACUUAAGACCCUGUUAUUCUAGAGGGCUUUGAAUACUUAGCCGCACUGUGGUCUUUUACUUCAGAUUUCAAACUUUUAUUUAAUCUUUUACCUGUUUGUUUUGUUUGAUGUUUUUGAAUGUUUGUUCUGAUAUUAUUGUAAAGCACUCUGGUUGGCUGCUGUAAAGGACUUUAUAAAUGAAUGAAUGAAAUUAAAAUGAAAUGUCACACCAGUGUUUGGGUCACUGGCUCAGAGCUGAUGGAGUACAAAGCCAAAUGGAGAGGAACUGGUGGAGACUGGGUGGAACAAAAAGCUCAAGAUAGCAGCCUCCACCGUCAGGAGUUCAAACGAAGACAAGCAGCUGUGGAGAUCUGACAUCGCUCUGAGGCAACAGAGUAAAACUGCGCUCAGACAUCGUAACAGAUAUGAUCAGACAAAGCAAGCAAAAACCUGAAAAAGGGGUCACAUUUAUUUAAACUGUCACACUUGUUCAUGAAAAAAUCUUUAAAAGUGAUCAACUGCUUAUGCUUAAUAACCACCAUGUUAUCAGUGCUCCAGCUGAUUGUUUAUUUUCUAUAAAUAUAGAAUAGGUGUUCUGAUGAGGAUCAUUGGUCAGAAUAGUACCUUGAAAGUUACUUUUAAGCAGGUAUUAAAUAUUUUUAAUUAAACCUAUAUUAUUUUUUGUUGGUCUGAUAUAACAUUGUAAUCUUAUUAAGUGAAGCAUUUUCAUAAUUAACAGAAAUAAAGGCUUAA